UUUUCGUUUCUUAAUUAUUUAUUUCUUAUUCAUUAUAUCAUAUUAUAAAGAUCCGUGAAAGAGAAAACUAUUUGAAGUGAUUACAAUUCAUGGAUUGUGCUAUUUUGGUAUAAUGGUAUGGUAUCAUGGAGAAAGUACGAUGGUACAUUUGAAAAUGUGUCGAUGCGAUGCUACUCACGUAUCAACCAGGCUGCUUCCGCGAUAUAUAACCCCCCACAGACUUACUCAAUGUCAGAAUAGCUAUUGAUUUUCGUCGACGAUAAUACUGUCAGUGAUUUUUUUAACGACAAAGUUUUUGGAGAGAAUCCAAGUUCCUAAAAACUUACAACAUGCUGAAAUAUACAGCACUUUAUUGCAUGAUGUUUCUUUCUGUGUUUGGUGAACCACCUAUUCAAGGUGUAAGACCAACUAAUGUAUUGGGCAGUUCAGAUCAACACGCAUCUUUUAGUUUUGUUAGACCAGGAUUAACACAAACAGCUUUUGCAUUUAAUGGUCCUAGCUCUCACCAGUCAUUUAGCUCCAGUAUUGGAAAUCCUUAUUUGGCACAAAGAGUUUUGCCAAAUGUUGCUAAUGCACUUACCUAUAGAAAUCCUGGCUUAGGUGCAUUUCCAGUUGGUCCUAUUGCACAUGGUUAUACAACUGCACCAGUUGCACCUACAUUUGGAUCAUUUGCAUCAGCGCCAAUUCCGUAUCAAGGAUCUGUAGAUCCUGCUGCAGCUUAUUAUCAACAGUUACAACAAAUUCAACAACCUCAGUACAAUGGUUAUUCUGCAGCCACUGCAUAUCAAGCACAAUUGGCACAACUUCUUGCAAUAAGACAAGCUCAGGCUCAGGCCCAGGCUCAAGCACAAGCUCAAGCACAAGAACACUUGCAUGCCACGCAAGCACAACAGGUAUCAGAACAGGCUGAAUUACAACACGAGGAACAGCAACAGCAACAACAAUCUCAAAAUUUGUUAGGAAUUGCCUACUCAUCUGCACCUGCAGUAGCACGAGUUAAAGUAUCUGGAAAUGGUUAUAAAUUUGAUUUUUAAACAAUACAAAUGUACAUACUAUUUUAACUUUACUUUAUAUAUCUUCACGUUAUAUUUAUUUAUUUACAUUGAUUUAACGCGAAUAUACAUAUUUUUGUAUUCGAUGG